CGUGGCGGGAAAAGCGGCCCCUUCAGAACCGCAUUACUUCUCCAACGGUGUCUUCGUGUCGGCAAUGGAGCGGCAAUUCCAGGAGCAAACUGCCGCAGAGUCGGCGGACUCCGGAGGGGCAGGCGGGCUGCCGCAGGUCGCCGGCUCCCAGGAGGCACGCAGCGACGACCGAAUGACCCUGCUGCUCAGGCUGAGAGCACAGACAAAACAACAACUCUUAGAAUAUAAGUCAAUGGUUGAUGCAUAUGAAGAAAAAACUCCAGAACAAAUCAUUCAAGAAAACCAAAUUGAAGCUAAAGUUGAAGACCUAGAAAAUGAAAUUGAAGAGGUAAAAACUGCUCUUGAAAUGAAAAAUCUUGCAUUAGCCAGGAUGCAACUGUCAACUGCACUUAAAAAAAACCUGGAAAAAAAUGACACCAUGAAUAGUGUGCUCAUGGAUAACAUGAAACACAUAUUAAAGCUGAAUAAGUUAAUAAUGAAAUCACAGCAGGAAUCUUGGGAAUUAGAGGAAAAACUGCUUGAUGUUAGAAAGAAGAGAUUACAAUUAAAACAAGCUUCAGAAAGUAAGCUUUUAGAAAUACAGACAGAAAAGAACAAGCAGAAAGAAGAUCUGGACAAUGUGGAAAAUUCAGACAAGAUAAAGGCCAUGCAAAAAAACCUACAGAAAGAGAUACAAAUUACUACAGUUAUUCAACAUGUGUUCCAGAACCUCAUUUUAGGAAGUAAAGCUAACUGGGCAGAGGAUUCUGCCCUCAAGGAAACUGUUCUACAACUUGAGAAGAAUCUCACCAUGAUCUAAUAAAAAAUCUGUUUUGGCAGAUUUCAAGUGAAAUAUAUUUCAGUGUUUUUGAAACCAUUCUAAUGCUGCAAUUUUUGGGCUUGAAUUAACCCUAUAUUAUGGAAUCUGUUUUAUAUGUGAUUAUUAAAGUGACAGACAUAUUCUUUUUUUUAAAAUAUUUAUUUUUAGUUAUAACAGUAUCUUGAUUUUAUUUUUAUGUGAUGCUGAGGAUCAAACCCAGUGCCUCAUGCAUGGUAGGCGAGCACUCUACCUCUGAGCCACAACCCCAGCCUGUGACAGACAUAUUCUAAAGGUGUCCAAAAAUCUUAGCUUUGGGAGAGAAGACAUUUGGUCCAACUUCUGUUUAAUGUGGACAUUUUCAACAUUCUUGAUAGUCCCACUUCUUAUUUGGAAUACUUAGGUUCAUUUAUACAUGUAGUUUUGGGUUUUGUUACCAUGUUAAGGAUGGAACCCGAGGUCUCACACAGGCCCGGCAAGUAUUCUACCUCUGAGCCACAACCCCGAGUCAUAUGCAUUUGUUUAUCAACCAAAAUAGUAGAAAAAUGUAUAAGUGUCAACAGUUGUGAUUAUUUGUAGCAGGAUUUUUUUUUUUUUAAGACUUGACUCCUUCUGGGCUGGGGUUGUAGCUCAAUAGUAGAGCGCUUGCUUCACACACGUGAGGCCCUGGGUUGGAUCCUCUGCCCCACAUAAAAAUGAAGACAUUGUGACAAUCUACAACUAAAAAAAAAAAAAGACUUGGGGAUGGGGUUGUGGCUCAGUGGUAGAGUGCUCACCUAGCAUGCAUGAGUCACUGCGUUCAAUCCUCAACACCACAUAAAUGUAAAAUAAAGAUAUUGUGUCCACCACAAACUUAAGAAUAAAUAUUU